AUGAAGAGUGAGCUCAACAGGAAUUACUCAGAGGUGACUGAGUUUAUUCUGCUGGGAUUCAAAACAUCUCCAGAAGUGCAAAUCCUCUUAUUCGUACUCUUCUUGCUUAUCUACAUGGUCAUUGUGGUAGGAAAUAUCAGCAUGCUAAUUGUUAUUAAAAUAGACUCCAGACUUCACACACCUAUGUACUUUUUCAUCAGAAAUUUGUCCUGCUUAGACAUCUGUUACUCUACAGUCAUUGCUCCCAAAACCCUCGCUACUUUCUUGUCGAAGGAAAAGAAAAUUUCUUACAAUGGUUGUGCAACACAGUUCUUUUUCUUUGCUCUCUUUGUUGGCACUGAAGGCUUUCUUCUGGCUGUGAUGGCAUAUGACCGCUUCUCAGCCAUCUGCUCACCUUUCCUCUACACGGUGCGCAUGUCUCAGAUGGCCUGUGCCCGUCUGGUCCUCACCUCCUAUAUCUGUGGAAGCAUCAACUCUAUGAUACAAACAGGUUUUACCUUCAGUUUGCGUUUCUGUGGAGAAAACAGAUUAGACCAUUUUUUCUGUGAUGUCCCAGCCCUGAUCAAGAUCUCCUGCGUGGACACCUUUGUGAAUGAGAUCGUGCUGUUCAUUCUGUCUGCUUCCAUCAUCAUCAGCACCACAGCUGUCAUUCUGGUUUCCUAUGCCUAUAUCCUCUCCACUGUCCUGAAGAUCCCUUCCACCAGCGGCCGGAGUAAGACUUUCUCCACCUGCACCUCGCACAUCACUGUGGUGAGUUUAUUCUAUGGCACUGUGUUCUUCAUGUAUGCCCAACCUGGGGCCAUCUCCUCGCCAGAAAAGAGUAAGGUUAUAGCUGUGUUCUAUACUCUUGUCAUCCCUAUGUUGAAUCCUUUGAUUUAUAGUCUAAGGAAUAGGGAGGUGAAAAAUGCUGUGAAAAGGAUAUUGUUGAGAAAAACAUCUUUUCAUUGA